GCUUUGUGCACGUUUCGCGUUGUCGUGACAGCCCUGUGCAGUGUUACUGUGUCUGUGUUACGUGAUAUUUUCAUGUGCGUGUCUCCUGUGGUCACAAUAUAGGUAUAUGUGUUUAUUGUUUUGCAGUUUUUAAGUGAAGGUGCAUUUAACAACGACGUCGGUGUGUGCAUGUGCGCGAGUGCGAGUGGCAUGCGGGGCGGGCUCGCGCGCCGUUAGCGCGAGCAUGCUGCGCGUGCGCGCCGCCGCGGCGCACUUUGUGCUCCUCUGCUUGACAUACGUGUCACCUGGCUCGUGCGACGUAGCUGGUGGCGCGGGAUCGGUAAACGCGUUGCCGGCUGGCGGCGGAGCGCGACUUGCUCCGUCCUUCGACGCGGCCACUCCACGGAACGUCACGGCUCUUGUCGGCAAGUCCGCGUACCUGAGCUGCCGUGUCAGAAACCUUGGCAACAGAACGGUAUCAUGGAUACGUCACCGCGACCUGCACAUACUGACGGUGGGCGGCUACACGUACACAUCGGACCAGCGCUUCCAGGCGACGCACUCGCCGCAGACGGACGACUGGACGCUGCAGAUCAAAUGGGCGCAGCAACGGGACGCCGGCGUCUACGAGUGCCAGGUCUCCACGCAGCCGGUCCGGUCCUUCUUCGUCACGCUGCACGUUGUUGAUUGCGACGAGAUCUACCAGCGGAUGUUUUCUGAUGGAGUUCCGUCAGCGCGUAUCCUCGGCGGUCCAGACCUGCACGUCGACAUCGGCUCCACCAUCAACCUAACUUGCCUCAUCCAGUUCAGCCCCGAGCCGCCCGCCUACAUCUUCUGGUACCACGAGGACGAGGUGAGCGGACGCAAACAGGUGAUAUCGUACGACUCGUCGCGCGGCGGCGUGUCGGUGGUCACGGAGAAGGGCGCCGCCACCACCUCCUACCUGCUAGUGCAGGACGCCACUCCAGCAGACUCGGGCCGGUACUCGUGCGCGCCCUCCAACGCCGAGCUCGCCUCCGUGCGUGUGCACGUACUCAACGGAGAGCGACCGGCGGCGAUGCAGACAGGCUCGGCGGGCCUCUCCAACAGCUGGCGCUGCGUAAUUGCGCUGCUGGCGGCCUGCGCUCUACACGCGCGGCUGCUGCGCGCGCAGCUCGCCAGCUGAUGCGCGCGCGCCACUCCUCGCGCUACACGGACUCUGCCAGUGCACAGUGUCGCCGCCUAGUGAAUAAUAUAUGUUAUUCUAUCCCGUACAUAAUUUUAUCCGGCGAAAACUUA